GAUAGCACGAUAUUUUUGUUUUGGCCGGACGUACACUGCUCCACACUCCAGCAAUGGGAAACGUGAGCGACCAUGUGAGCAUGUGCAAUGAGGAGUGUCAAAACCGCGCUGGCGAGUAUGUGAGGAAUAGCCCAGUUCAGACGGAGAGGGUCAUGAACGAUGAGAGGCGACGGCGAUUAGCUCAGCAACGCCGUGAUGUCUCGGGCCAACGAAGCUCUCGCGAGGGUCGAGAAGGUCAAAGAGAAACACGAAGUGCCAGAGGGCUUGCACGAGAGCAGUCCAAGGAAUCUGACAACCCGAUGAGGGAGUACCGGCCUGCAGAGGCCCCUGCGAGCAGUUCAAAGAGCUGCCGGAAGCCAGGUGCUGGCUUGAGCCCAGAAACUUAUGUACCUCCUCCGCAGUUUGAGGUCGAUGAGCAGAUACCGUCAUUCGACCCGUGGGCGCCUGAAGGGGCCUACGCUCGCAAGCAACGCGAGAAGGUCCGACGUCGCAAGAACUCCAAAGAUGGCGCAGCAAGAAGAACUACUGAAGAAGGUCCUCGCAAUGAGGAUACGCAGAUAGGAGCCAGCAUCAGUGAGUUUUUGCGACGAGGAGUUGCUCAGGCCGCACCAAAACCUGCUGCAGAACGACCUGAGAUGAUGCCGUCCAAAGAUGGUGGCUUCAUUGCAACGAUCCAGCAAGGCUUUCAAGGAAUAUUUGGCCAUUUGGCAACCUCUAAAGAGGAGGUCCUCAAGAAGCGGGGUCCCAUGUCAGCGGUGGAAUACGAGGCGGUUCCUGGAGAUGAUCUCGAUCAAAGAGUGCAGUUUUUUGCUAGGCAGAUCCCAGAACACUUAGGAGAGUGGCUGAAAAUCUAUCGAAAGGCUCGUGGAGAAUAUGAGGUGAGUGGCGAGGUGGUGCGUAUGGCCUGGCAAUCCACUGUGGGGCCACCCACGCCAGAGAUGCCCGAGGGCAAGAUUCUUCGCGAGGUCUUUGUCUUUGCCGAGUCUGAAACGAAUAGUGACGUGCCUGCAGAACCACUGCAUCUCUACUUGAGGCAUUCUGCCAACGUGGCUUAUGAUUUGCACUUUGGCAGUGCUAUGAUGAAGGUGCCUGAACAGAAUCGCCUGUCCUUCGCUGAAGAAAUUGGGACACUACUGAAAGACAGCGAUGCAGAUUCGAAGUACAAGGCUAUGCUGCUAGCUAGCGAGCAGGCGCUGAAGAGGGAGCGAGCAGCUCUCUCAUUUAGGAAGAAAAUGGACCAUGAGGUUGCCCAGGGCCUGCCAAGCCCCUGUGACAAGGCCAUCAUCCAGGUCGAAGAGAAGAAGGGACAUUCUCGUGAUGGAAAAGAGAAUCAGGGAAAGCCAACCUCGCAGACCCUUGAUGACCUGUUGGCCUAUUUGCCUCCGUUACCGCCACUGCUGCCGCCAUCACUGCCGGGGCCAGGUGGUAGCUUCCUCCUGCCGCCCAGUGCGGGCUUGGACCUUCUGGGAUGUUCGCAGAACACAGGCAAUUUCUUCAUGAGUCAAGGUUUGCCAGCGAUGCAAAGUCCGUUCAAAGCUUCUGGAAGCUCUGCAAGUUGUCCGCCAAGUAGCUUUGGCCUUGCGCACAGCCCUUUGCCCGGCGGCAGCUUCUACAACGCCGGCUUGGGACCGCAUGGUGGCAGCUUCUUGCCAGCAACUCAAUACUGAUGUGCAGUUCAGGUGUGUGGCUAAUUCAUAGAGGACGUGUGCUUUGUCAGGAGCUUAAGAAGAUUCAGCACGUUUGUGAGAUUUCCCAGACACAGUUGAGCCCAUCGAUGUUGUGUUGCCCUUCCAAUUUUGCAGGAACGUAGCUACUGUAUGCUAUUGUUUCCUUGAUUGUGCUGAGAACAGUGAACCUAAUAGGAAACAUUUCGGGAUAGUGGCCCUUGAAGAUGAGCCUUUUUGCCUCCGGCCAUCCACAUGACUUCAAUUCAAGGAGGAGGGGGGUUGGUGGCAGCUUCCUGAUGACCAAUGGCAUGCAAAGCUCUUGGGGAAACCUUCCCCGAACUGGCAGCAAUGUCCAAGUGGGGAUGCCUCCGAUUCCAACGAUUGGCUGAGACCAGAGCCAUGAAAAGCCGAGGAACUUCGGCUUAUAUAAUUGAAUCAACACCGUCAAUCUGAACCGUGUGGCAACGCCGUGAGUUGCCGCAAAUUUGAUGCAUGUUCGACGCGUGUCGUGUUUAGCGCAUAUGAACCCCUUUGCAGUGCAUUCUUUUGAU